CACGCAACCCAUCAAUUUGUGGCGCGGCCCUGUCUCUUUACUCAGUCCUGACAAGCCAACCAAACAUUACUGCAGAAGGGGCUGACAUCUCCAAGAAAACACCACCAUGAAUGGAACAGAGGGACCGGCAUUCUACGUGCCUAUGUCUAAUGCCACCGGCGUUGUCAGGAGCCCAUAUGACUAUCCUCAGUACUACCUGGUGGCCCCGUGGGCAUACGCCUGCCUGGCUGCUUACAUGUUCUUCCUCAUUCUCACCGGGUUCCCUGUCAAUUUUGUCACGCUGUACGUAACCAUUGAGCACAAGAAGUUACGUACACCCCUCAACUACAUUUUGCUGAAUCUUGCUAUUGCUGACCUUUUCAUGGUUUUUGGCGGUUUCACCACAACGAUGUACACCUCGCUGCAUGGCUACUUUGUGUUCGGACGCCUCGGCUGCAACCUUGAAGGCUUCUUUGCUACCCUGGGUGGUGAAAUGGGGCUCUGGUCCCUGGUCGUGCUGGCCAUCGAGAGGUAUUUGGUUGUCUGCAAGCCCAUAAGCAACUUCCGCUUCGGAGAGAACCAUGCCCUCAUGGGUCUUGCUUUUACUUGGUUCAUGGCCUGCACCUGUGCUGUGCCUCCCCUCGUUGGCUGGUCUCGUUACAUCCCUGAAGGAAUGCAGUGCUCAUGUGGAGUUGACUACUACACUCGUGCCCCUGGCAUCAACAACGAGUCCUUUGUCAUCUACAUGUUUAUCGUCCACUUCCUCACUCCAGUUUUUGUUAUUUUCUUCUGCUACGGUCGCCUCGUCUGCACAGUAAAAGAGGCUGCUGCCCAGCAGCAGGAGUCUGAGACCACUCAGAGGGCAGAGCGUGAGGUCACCCGCAUGGUCAUAAUUAUGGUCAUCGCUUUCUUUAUUGCUUGGCUCCCCUAUGCCAGCGUGGCCUGGUAUAUCUUCACCCACCAGGGAAGUGAAUUUGGACCUGUCUUCAUGACAGUGCCAGCCUUCUUUGCCAAGACCUCUGCCGUCUACAAUCCUUGUAUCUACAUCUGUAUGAACAAACAGUUCCGUCACUGCAUGAUUACCACCUUGUGCUGUGGCAAGAACCCCUUCGAGGAGGAAGAGGGUGCCUCCACCACUGCAUCCAAGACCGAGGCGUCAUCUGUGUCUUCCAGCUCUGUGUCUCCUGCAUAAACACUGGAAAACAACACACUCUAAGCAGCAACAUUCACUGGACUUCAGCAAUCAGCAAUAAAGAGUUCAGCCCAGGAAAACGAGUGACCACUCCCACUUACAGAAAUAAUGUCUAUAUCAUCGUGUUUUUUUGUUGUUGUAUUUUUUCAAAACUUAAUUUGUUCAACCUAAAGACAGAUCAGACAGGACAGAUCGUGUCCGAGUUUCUGUACAUCAAACGAGUCCAAUGUAAUACGUGCAUACGUUUCUUUUUGCUUUUCUUUGCGAAAUGCAGCAAAAGGAAAAAUAUCUUUACUCUUACUGUUGGACUCCUUACUAUACUGGCUUUGUUGUGAUUGUAGAAGCAUGUAUUCAGGGCAACAUAACAAUAAAAAGCACUUUGCAAAUUAAA